AUGGACUUCUUUCGACGUAUCAUGUAUAUGCUUCUGCUACUCCUCGAAUGCGUCUGCAUUAUUGGUGUAGAUACAACUGGCCAGACACCGUUGAAUUCAGAAGACAAGGCGACAUCUCGAAAUGUCGCAAUCAUUGGUGCCGGAUCUGCAGGAGCUUCUACUGCAUAUUAUCUGCGAAAAUUUUCCGACUUAGCAGGAGUACCAGUCAACAUCACAGUCUUCGAGCGCGAAGCCUAUAUUGGGGGCAGGUCAACUACUGUCAAUGUCUUCGAUGACCCUUCUCUUCCAAUCGAGUUGGGGGCGUCGAUAUUCGUCUCAGUAAAUUACAAUCUGAUGGACACAGCAAAAGAGUUGGGCCUCAAAAUCUCAGGUGCCGGCGGUGAUCGACCUGCAGAGAGUGUUAACAUGCUCGGUAUCUGGGAUGGGUUUCGUUUCCUCUACCUGCAGGGCCAUUCAUUGAGCUGGUGGGACAUGGCGAAGCUUUUAUGGCAAUAUGGGCUGGCCCCGAUUCGCACGCAAAGGCUAAUGAAGAAUACGGUCAACAAGUUUCUGCAAAUGUACAAACCGCCGUACUUUCCAUUCUCGUCCUUAUCCGCGACUGUGCAAGCCCUUGAUCUUCACGAAGCCACUGGUGUACCUGGUGCGCAGUUCUUGGAAUCGAAUGGUAUCUCAGAAUCCUUUUCGAAUGAUAUUAUUCAAUCGAGCACGAGAGUGAAUUACGGACAGAAUCUUGGUCUUAUCCACGGUCUUGAGGCUAUGGUCUGUAUGGCCACCGAUGGUGCUGUCGCGAUCGAGGAUGGUAAUUGGCGUAUCUUUUCUGGAAUGCUAGACUCUUCUCGGGCAGAUCUAAGACUGAACACUACGGUGACAGCCAUCAAACAGAACUCUGAUAGGAGUAUGACGCUUUUUCACUCGAGUAACGGUGGCAGCACUUCACGUCACACCUUUGAUGAAGUCGUGCUCGCAGGACCUUUUCAAUACAGCAACAUCGAGGUUUCGCCAUCGCUUGACCGAAGCCCCGAAAAGAUCCCGUACGUGAGACUCUUCGUGACAUUGUUUUCUUCUCCCCACCAGCUUUCUCCAGAAUUCUUCGACCUGUCAGACCAGAAAGAUGUACCAGAGAUGAUCCUCACAACUCUACCCCGUGGAUUUAAUUUGGGGGAUCGUGAAGACGGCGUUGGUCCGGCAAAGUUUUGGAGUAUCAGUCUGUUGCGCAUAGUCGAAGCGUCUGCAGAAGACUCCCGCCAGAAGCACUACGUCUACAAAGUCUUUUCACCCGAGAAACUAACUGCCGGAUUCCUCGCCUCAGUCCUUGCCGUGGAAAUCCCCGCGUCUGAUCAAAACGGCACAAUUGGCGAUAUUUCGCGCAACGACAUUUCAUGGUAUCACGAAAAAACAUGGCAUUCUUACCCUUAUGAAUACCCGCGUAUGGAAUUCGAAGAAAUCAGACUUGCUAGCAAUGUCUGGUACACCGGCGGUAUUGAAAGCUUCAUCUCGACUAUGGAAACUAGCUCUCUUAUGGGCAUGAAUGUCGCUGGGCUUAUGACGAACGAAUGGCAUGACAAACUCCAUCUAGGAAAGCCAGUGAGUUGGAGUGGAUGGACUCAGCAGCGCAACAACGAAUUGUAG